GCGAAUACAGCGCUUCGCGAUGUGGAGUAUUCCAUGAUCUACUACUUCACGCGAUGCAAAUGCAAGACCUGAUGGUCAUUGGUCUUACCACUGUUUUCGACGUUCUCGUCCCCUUGAUGCACAGCGUCUUCAGCUUUGCCGCGCAGGCGUGAUGGGAGCCUUGAAUAAAAGUCAGCGUCAACCCCCUAACCUCUGAGGGCAGUCCCAAAGCCAGAAGAGGGCGACCAGAAGCAGAGAUAGCAGAAGAAGUGGAAGAGACAGAUUGCCCACCAUGAACAACAUGUUCGAACAGCAGGACAGGGGCAUGCACGCCAAUACGCAUUCGACUUCAAUCAUGGCAAUGCCAGUGUCGAAAUAUACAUCUCGAAAGAACAGUCGACAUGAUGUGCGAGAGUUGUCGGAGGUAUCUCCUGGGGGCUCAAAGGGGCCAAAGGAGAUUCAGGCGGAGCUGGACGAGUUGGACGACCUCGCGACGGACCUGUCCGAUCCUGGGAGAAUGACAUCCUUCGACGUUCGGGAUAUGAGCCGUAUGGGAAAGCGACAAGAGAUGCGCAGAGUGUUCCGACAAUUCUCAAUCUUGUCGCUCACCACGGUGAUCAUGGCUUCUUGGGAAUUCUUGUUGACGGCAAAUACCCAAGGAUUGGUCGAUGGCGGGAGAGCUGGUUUAUUCUGGAGCUACCUUUGGACGCUGUGCGGCUUCGGAAUGGUCAUUGCGAGCAUGGCAGAGAUGGCCAGCAUGGCUCCCACAAGCGGAGGACAAUAUCACUGGGUUUCGGAGUUUGGGCCAGAAAAGUACCAGAAAUUCCUCAGCUACACCACGGGCUGGCUGUCGACCAUGUCAUACCAAGCGGGGAAUGCCUCCGGCUUCUUCCUCGCGGGCACCAUCAUCCAAAGUCUAGCGAUGGUCAACUAUCCAGAGUACGCAGCUCCGAAUUGGCAGAGCACAAUGUGCGUCCUGGGCGUGGUCCUAGUCUCUGGGAUCUUCAAUAUCUUCUUCACUCGCUUUCUCCCCAUCCUCAACAAUAUCACCAUGGUGGUGCACCUUACCGGCUUUGUCGCGGUCGUUGUGGUGUUAUGGGUUCUCGCGCCCCAUCCUCCCGCCUAUGAUGUGCUUAUGGACUUCCAGAAUUCGGGAGGAUGGCCAACGACAGGCCUGAGCUUGAUGGUAGGGCAGAUCAGCGCCAUUGCCGCGCUGGGCUGUUCGGAUGCGGCAGCCCACAUGUCGGAGGAAGUGAGUGAUGCAGGCCUCUCGGUGCCGCGCUCCAUGAUGUGGACCUUCUACAUCAACGGCUCGACCGGCUUAGUGUUUCUGAUUUCCGUAUUGUUCGCCAUUCCAUCCGUCACGGAUGCGUUGAAUGACCCCACCGGCUAUCCCUUCUUCUACAUCUUCAAGCUGGCCAUGCCUGACACGAAUAUCGGCACCAAUAUCUUGACAGUGCUGACCGUCUGGACGUUGAUGGUCGGUAACGUGUCAUUCACCGCAUCAUGCGCGCGGCAAGCCUGGAGUCUGGCGCGAGACCGAGGACUGCCCUGUUCGACUUGGAUCUCUCGCAUGGACAGCAGAGUGCACAUUCCCGUCAAUGCCACCUGCAUCACACUCGUCAUCACCAUCUUGCUCUCGCUCAUCAAUCUGGGCUCGAACGCGGCCUUCAAUGCGAUCUUGUCACUCCAGCUGUCCGCGCUGAUGGCUUCGUACGCCAUCUGCAUUACCUGUAUGGUCUGGAAACGACUGCGCGACCCAACCUCACUGCCCCAGGCGCGAUGGUCCUUGGGCAAGCUCGGCUUGCCCAUCAAUGUGGUUGCAAUGUGCUAUUCAACGUUCGCAUGUUUCUGGACUUUCUGGCCAAACAGCACGCCAGUUGAUGCGGCAUCGUUCAAUUGGGCACCUGUGAUCUUUGUGCUUGUCAUGAUGUUUGCCAUGGUCACAUAUGCAUUGCAGGGUCGACACCAGUUCGAUGGGCCUGUCGCUCUGGUGAAGAGGGGUUGACUUGUUUUGGAUCCAGUCGAACUAUAUUGUACCAACGACUAUGUUGUAAGGUAACAACGAGUAGCACGAAUUCCAUUCCGAUAUUCAGUAAAAGUACAUGUAGACCAAUACCAUUAAUAUUGG